AAAAAAAUGAACUUAAUUGGAUUGUUUAGAUUGCUGAUCCUAUCUUUCCUGUUUUGGCUGUUUUUACUCGAGCUGUUGAUAUUCUCCAACAGCACUACUUUCACGGACCUGAUUGAGUUUAUUCAGAAGCCUUACAAGGAGACCGUAGAGAACUAUGAUGUGGGCCUGCGAAGUCAGCACUGGGAUGAUGAUCAAAUAGCUUCGAUUCUGCGGGAGCAGGUUCACGUCCAUUGCCUAGUUUACAUGGAUCGCUCGGACUACAAGUUUGGCGCUCAGAAAGCUGUGCAUGUGAAAAAUACUUGGGGUCGUCGGUGCAAUCGGCUGACCUUCGUCAACCUAAGGGAGACCACUCUGCUGGAGGCAUAUCGCCAGAUAUAUGUGGACUUUCACAAAGAGCUCGACUGGCUGCUGGUUGUCUACUUGGACUCCUAUGUCAUCAUGGAGAAUCUGCGCUACUUGCUGGCCCACCAUUCGCCUUCCCAAGAGCUCUACUUCAGAGCCCAACAUGCCGUCUAUAUCUAUGCCCAUGUUGGUCAGGUCUCCACCACUGACUACAUCUUCAGCAGGGAGGCUUUGGAGCGACUGGCCACAAGGAACUGCCUGCAAAACGAGGUUUUCUUCAGGGAGUGCUUGAAGAGAAUGAGAAAGGCUCCCAGAGAGGGUCUUCAGUCCUUCAACGAACCAGAUGAGGUGAUCCCUUAUACCCUACGUAGUAACUUUUGGCUGUGGCCCUGCACUUUUCGAGUGGUCUACGAAAAUCAGACUUGGGAGAGCUGUUUUGGAGGAGCCAUCCUUUUCCCCUAUUGCCGUGCCACCCAAAUGCAUGUUCUAGAAUUCUUGUUCUAUCACUUGCGACCCUAUGGCCUUGUGAAUCCCCUGGCGGAACUGAGGUCUUCCAGUUUACCCAUGGUCAUAAUACAUAGACCUUUGAACGAUCGGCUGGCGAGGUAUAUGUAUCGUUCAGUUAGGAUAAUAUGCUUGGUGAUUUCCUGGCCCAAGAAGUACAUGAGUGCCGUGAAGGCAGUUAGCGAGACCUGGGGACGUCACUGCAACCGAGUGGUAUAUUAUGGCGGUUCUUCGCGAACCACUUUGGAUGGAGUGGAGAUUGUGGGUCUGAAUGUCAGCGAUACCCGCAGUAAUCUGUGGGGCAAGACCAAGGCGGCUUUUCAGCAUGCCUAUGAGAAUUAUGGCCAGGAGGCGGAUUGGUUCUUCAAGGCUGAUGAUGACACCUAUGCCGUGCUGGAGAAUAUGCGUCAACUGCUCAAGCCCUACUCAUCCGAUAUUCCUAUAUAUUUUGGCUCCCCAUUCAAGCUGGCCUCCACACUCUAUAUGUCUGGAGGAGCUGGCUAUGUGCUGAGCAAAAAGGCUGUGAAGACAUUCGUUCUUGGGGCUGCCAAGAAGUGCCUGCCAGGAGAUCAAGGCACUGAGGAUUAUACAAUGGGCAAAUGUCUGCGCAUAUUAAAGGUGCAUGCCGGCGAUUCCAGAGACGUUUUGGGUCGCCAGCGGUUCUUUUCACUCUCCCUGGAACAUUUUCUUAUACCGAAUCAUGAUGAUGAGAACUUUUGGCUGAAGGAAUAUCUCUAUCAAGUAACUGGAACGGGUAUGGAAUGCUGUUCCACCUACUCAAUUUCAAUACACAAUGUGUUACCCUACCAAAUGCAUUUUCUGGAAACGAUUUUGUAUAAGAGCCGACCCUAUGGACUUCUUGCUGGACAUCCUCCUUCGAGACUCUUAAGAAAAAAACCGCUUUGGAAACAGCAAUACAGUUUAUGA